AUGAUAUCGAAGCAAAGGUUGAGGUUAUUCCUCCUAAUCGUGGCAGUCGUGGUUGGUUUGCACUUUCUCACUACAAACAAUAUUAAAAAUGAGGAAUUGCAACGCAUUCUUGAUGAAUCCUUGAACAAGAAACCAGUGGGCAAUACUCACAAUAGACCCAUUCCUGGCAACAAUAUUCCACCAGUAUCAAACCAACAACCCAACUCGAAACAACCGUCCGGUUUAUCAAAAGCAAAGCCAAAAACUAAAAACCCAAAGCUUGAAGAUUAUACUUUAUUCUUUGAUGACCUUGAAAAAUACAAGAUAAAUCAACCAUCAAUCAAGGAUAGAUACAAAGAAAAAGACCAAAAAGCAAAAGAGGUCUUUUCUAAUGACGGCUCCUUUUUGUUCAAUAAAGAUUACCUCGAGAACGUGUUGGAUAUCUCGGAGGCAACUUUUGAAGCGAUGAAAUCGAGUCAUUCAAGAUACGUGAAUGAGCAUAUACCACAACUUUUGAAUGAAGGUGUGACCACCUUUGGUAAAAUGGUCCCUAGUGAUCCAGACUGGAAUAUUUACGAGGAUUCAUCGGGCUAUGUAUUAGUGGGAGGGGGCAGGUACAGUUGGUUGUCGUAUCUUGUCAUUAAGCAACUUCGUGCCACCGGCUCGAAAUUACCAAUUGAACUCUUCCUUGCAACACAGGAUGAUUAUGAAAAGUCAUUCUGUGAACACAUUUUGAGAACAUACAAUGCCAGGUGUAAUGUAUUUGAUUCAAAGUUGGCACAAGAUUUACUGGAAAGAUUCAAUAUUGGAGGCUAUCAAUACAAGAUGUUGGCUUUGUUGAGCUCAAGGUUUGAAAAUGUGUUGUACUUGGACUCAGACAAUUUCCCAACCAAAAACGUGGAUUACCUAUUUGAGUCCGACUUGUACAAGAAGAACAAUUUGAUCUUGUGGCCUGAUGCUUGGGCCAGAACUACCAACCCUAUGUACUACGAUAUUGCCAAUGUUGAAGUCAGAGAGAAUAAAGUCAGGUACAGUGCUUACGAUAUCAAACAAGCUGGUGGUAAGGAAAACCUCCGUCCGUUGUCAGAGUACACUUUUGAAAACUCUAGGUUCCAUGACUUUGAAGGCACUUUGCCUGACCCAACUUCCGAGACUGGUAUGUUUAUCAUCAACAAAACUAAGCAUUUGAAAACAUUGCUUCUUUGCUUGUACUAUAAUGUGUUUGGACCUGAGUUUUAUUACCCCAUCUUGACACAAGGUUCGGCAGGAGAAGGUGACAAAGAGACCUUUAUCGCUGCUGCACAUGCGAUGAAUGAGCCAUGGCACCAAACAUUAAAACAGUUCCAAUGGACUGGAUAUCAUUCCAAGGCAUCAAAUUCAUUUGCCUCCAAAGCAUUGGGACAUUACGAUCCAAUCCAAGCCUCGACAGACGCCAAAGAUGUCGAUAUCAUAUUUAUGCAUUUGUCGUAUCCAAAAUUUUAUCCUAACUGGUUAGUCGAUAAUUAUGAUCUUGUUUACAAAGAUUCCGAUGAGCAUAUACGUAUGUAUGGUGCAGUAAAGGAUAAUGUUGGUUAUGACUUUGACUUGCGUGUGCUACAAUUCUUUACUGAAAGUAUUUGCCCCAAUUACUAUGGAUCUAAUGGAAAGGCAAUUGAUGAUGACGUGUCGGUGACAAAGGACACGACAUAUAUGGGUGAAUAUCUCCAGUACAUUAAGGACGAGGAGCAGAGCAAUAUCAAACGAUGUGAAGAUGUGUUUAUUCCCCAUUUGAAGUGGCUUAAGGAGACAAAGGACAACAAGGCCGAGUAG